CCCGAGCUCGCCCCGCGCCCCCCGCCGGCCCCCGCGGCCCGAGCGCGCCCACCUGAGCCCGCCCGCGCCCACCUGAGCCCGUGCGCCGGCGCCAUGGCGGAGCAGGAGAGCCUGGAGUUCGGCAAGGCGGACUUCGUCCUGAUGGACACCGUCUCCAUGCCCGAGUUCAUGGCCAACCUUCGGCUCAGAUUUGAAAAAGGGCGCAUCUACACAUUCAUUGGAGAAGUCGUUGUUUCUGUGAAUCCUUACAAGGCAUUGAACAUCUAUGGGAGAGACACAAUUGAGCAAUAUAAAGGACGUGAGCUGUAUGAAAGACCUCCUCACCUUUUUGCAAUUGCUGAUGCUGCUUACAAAGCUAUGAAGAGGCGUUCGAAAGAUACUUGUAUUGUGAUAUCAGGGGAGAGUGGAGCUGGUAAAACUGAAGCCAGUAAGUACAUCAUGCAGUACAUUGCAGCCAUCACCAACCCCAGUCAGAGAGCAGAGGUGGAAAGAGUGAAGAAUAUGUUGCUCAAGUCCAACUGUGUCUUGGAAGCUUUUGGAAAUGCCAAAACUAACCGUAAUGACAACUCGAGCAGAUUUGGAAAAUACAUGGAUAUCAACUUUGAUUUCAAGGGGGAUCCUAUUGGUGGACAUAUCAAUAACUACUUAUUGGAGAAGUCUCGAGUGAUUGUGCAACAACCAGGAGAAAGAAGCUUUCAUUCUUUUUAUCAGCUACUUCAAGGUGGUUCAGAGCAGAUGCUACGCUCUCUACAUCUCCAGAAAUCCUUGUCAUCCUACAACUAUAUCCGCGUAGGCGCUCAGUUAAAGUCUUCUAUCAAUGAUGCUGCAGAAUUCAAAGUAGUAGCUGAUGCCAUGAAAGUAAUUGGCUUCAAACCUGAGGAGACUCAAACAGUGUAUAAGAUUCUGGCAGCUAUUCUUCACUUGGGAAAUUUAAAAUUCAUGGUGGAUGGUGACACGCCUCUCAUUGAAAAUGGCAAGGUUGUAUCUAUCAUAGCAGAAUUGCUCUCCACCAAAACAGACAUGGUUGAGAAAGCCCUUCUCUACCGAACAGUGGCCACAGGUCGCGACAUCAUUGACAAGCAGCACACGGAGCAAGAAGCUAGCUAUGGCAGGGAUGCCUUUGCUAAGGCAAUAUAUGAACGCCUUUUUUGUUGGAUUGUUACUCGCAUCAAUGAUAUUAUCGAGGUCAAGAACUAUGACACCACCAUCCAUGGGAAAAACACUGUUAUCGGUGUCUUGGAUAUCUAUGGCUUUGAAAUCUUUGACAAUAACAGCUUUGAACAGUUCUGCAUCAACUACUGCAAUGAGAAACUGCAGCAGCUGUUCAUUCAGCUGGUUCUGAAGCAAGAACAAGAGGAGUACCAGCGGGAGGGCAUCCCCUGGAAGCAUAUCGAUUACUUCAACAACCAGAUCAUCGUGGACCUUGUAGAGCAGCAGCACAAAGGGAUCAUUGCAAUCCUGGAUGAUGCCUGCAUGAAUGUUGGCAAAGUCACCGAUGAAAUGUUCCUCGAAGCACUUAAUAGUAAAUUAGGCAAACAUGGUCAUUUUUCCAGCCGAAAGCUCUGCGCCUCAGACAAAAUCCUGGAGUUUGAUCGAGAUUUUCGAAUUCGACAUUAUGCCGGUGAUGUAGUCUAUUCGGUCAUUGGAUUUAUUGACAAAAAUAAAGACACUUUGUUUCAAGAUUUCAAGCGCCUCCUGUAUAAUAGUUCAAAUCCUGUGCUGAAGAAUAUGUGGCCUGAAGGCAAACUGAGUAUUACAGAGGUGACCAAGCGACCUCUAACCGCUGCCACCUUGUUUAAGAAUUCUAUGAUCGCUUUAGUGGACAACCUUGCAUCAAAGGAGCCAUAUUAUGUACGUUGCAUCAAACCGAACGACAAGAAAUCUCCACAGAUAUUUGAUGACGAGCGCUGCCGGCACCAAGUAGAAUAUCUUGGGCUACUGGAAAAUGUGAGGGUGCGGCGGGCAGGGUUUGCCUUCCGCCAGACAUACGAGAAGUUUCUUCACAGAUACAAGAUGAUCUCUGAAUUCACCUGGCCCAACCAUGACCUCCAUUCAGACAAAGAGGCUGUCAAGAAGCUAAUUGAACAUUGUGGUUUUCAGGAUGACGUAGCUUAUGGGAAAACCAAAAUUUUCAUUCGAACACCCCGAACACUGUUUACCUUGGAAGAACUCCGUGCCCAGAUGCUCAUAAGGAUUGUCCUCUUUCUACAAAAGGUGUGGCGAGGCACCCUGGCCCGCAUGCGGUACAAGAGAACCAAAGCAGCUCUGACAAUUAUCAGAUACUACCGGCAUUACAAGAUGAAAUCCUACAUUCAGGAGGUUGCCAGACGCUUCCAUGGUGUCAAGACCAUGAAGGACCACGGGAAGCACGUGAAGUGGCCAACCCCACCUAAAGUUCUUCGCCGUUUUGAGGAGGCCUUGCAGACAAUUUUUAAUAGAUGGAGAGCAUCCCAGCUCAUCAAGACCUUGCCCGCUUCUGACCUGCCCCAGGUCAGGGCAAAGGUUGCAGCCAUGGAAAUGUUGAAAGGUCAAAGGGCUGACCUUGGGCUCCAGAGAGCCUGGGAAGGCAACUAUCUUGCUUCGAAGCCAGAUACACCUCAGACUUCAGGCACUUUCGUCCCCGUUGCAAAUGAACUGAAACGGAAGGACAAAUACAUGAAUGUCCUCUUUUCCUGUCAUGUCCGUAAGGUGAAUCGAUUUAGUAAGGUGGAAGACCGAGCAAUUUUUGUCACCGAUCGUCACCUGUAUAAGAUGGAUCCCACUAAACAGUACAAGGUGAUGAAGACUAUUCCUCUAUACAAUUUGACUGGUCUGAGUGUCUCCAAUGGAAAGGACCAACUUGUUGUGUUCCAUACAAAAGACAACAAAGACCUCAUUGUCUGCCUCUUCAGCAAACAGCCAACUCAUGAGAGUCGAAUUGGAGAACUUGUUGGUGUCCUGGUGAAUCAUUUCAAGAGUGAGAAGCGCCACCUCCAAGUCAACGUCACCAACCCCGUGCAGUGCAGCCUGCAUGGGAAGAAGUGCACGGUCUCCGUGGAGACGCGGCUCAACCAGCCGGAGCCCGACUUCACCAAGAACCGCUCAGGCUUCAUCCUCAGCGUGCCUGGGAACUGACGGCCCGAGGGGAGGCCUCGCCAGCGCUCGGGGCCACCCCACAUCCAGGGCCCGGUCUAAAUUGCCGACUCCCCGCUACUGCCCGCUAGAAAUCAGCUCGCCAGGGUCCGUGCUUGGGGCCGAGCCCCCCUUCUGCCUCCUCCAAGGCUCCUCCCCUGAGGUUGUCCUGCUGGCUUUCUGCCUCUGGUCUCCGUCCUUCCCCCCCCCCCCCAAUUUUCCAGUCCUCACUCAACAAACCAAAGAUCCCGAUGCCCUGCCACAGACCCUGAGCUCACGCCCAGACCAUAGCUCAUCACAGAGGGGACGUGAUGGUGCCUCCAGUCAGUGAAGGCCCCUGCCGCCACCGCCCCCCCUCCCCAAGCCGCACCAUUUGCCAGGUCAGGUCAGUGAGCCUUGACCCAGGGACCAGCAACUGACCCUGCAAGGGGUGGAUGCAGUUUCCCCAACCAAAAACAUGCUCCCCUGGGGGGUGGGGAGGAGAUUGGCAGAGAUGAGCUGGGGAUGUAGCCCUGCUCUCUCUGCGAGGGCAGCCUGCCACCCCUUCCCUGAAGGUGACCUGGCUCAGAGCUCCUCAGUGGAGCCCCUCACCCCCAGCAGUUAACCAAGGCCAUCAGGUGAGCAGGGUCACUAGCAGGGCUGGCCCCUCAGCCCAGAAGCCGGCAGAGCAUCACACCAGGCCUGCAGGCCUCCUCUCUGGGAGAAAGCAGAGCACGUGUUCCAAGGGCCAUCUUCCUUACUACACAGCCUGGGCCUGCGGGUGUAGCACACUCGUGUGCACAGUCGCAGAGCUGCUCAGUGGUUACUGUGUCUCCUGUGCCCACACUCAUGCCCAAGCGCCGAUAAGAAACCAGAGUGGUAGGGCCAGGGAGUAUUCGGGGGUCUGGAAGUUUCCCUUCUGACACCUCUGUUUCAUACACACUUGGAGAAUGGGGACCAGGGCCAGAGGGGCAGAGUGACAGACACAGAGUGGGGGUCCCGGCACUGCAGGCCAGGCCAGGAUGCCCACCUGCCCCCACGUAUACACACACACACACACCCCUCGCCGCUGCAGCUGGGGCCCAAUGCAGGCCUCGUGCCAGGAGAGUGCCACCGCCCUGCCAGUCUGUGCCCAACAGAAAGCAUGGAGCCUCAGAUGUCAUCCUGAGAUCGCUGUGCUCCUGAGCCUCAGCUGAGGACGCUGCCCCAAGCCCCUGAGCAGCCCAGGCCUCCCAGCCAGGAGCCAUAAUGGGAGAGACUUGGGAUACCCCAUGUGGGGAGGGGGCUAAGGUUGAGCCCACGACUCAGGGGGAGACUGGCAGGAUGCAAAAGAGGGACGUGCUCUCCCCCCGCCACCCCACCCACUCUUGACCUGCCACCCUGACUCUGCAAAACACACCAAGUGCCUGAGCACAGCUCCUCUGUGCCUGGUCCAGUGCCUGACACGGCCAGCUGGCUGACACCCGUGCAGUCCCAACAGCAGGGUCUCAUCCGCACCCCAACUUCCCAGGGCCCAGGAAACAUUUGCACCAUGUGCAAUUUGCAACAAAGAAUCCUCUCUCGACAUCCUGUCCUUAGAAACCCUGCCUCAUUCUCCAAGCCUGGUCGGCUGCCUGCACAGCCCAGAGGCGCCGUUGGCCUGGUCUAGCAACAGAAUUUUGCCAAUCACCUUGACACUAGUUGAACCGUCCUAACUGGAACGGCGCCUCCUUUCCACUCAUUUCCCCAAACUUGUCGCUUUACACUAGAGACAUGUACAUGUAUGUUUUAGAUGCUCCAAAAUGGAACAUGCCAAAUGAGUGCCUUUGCCUUUCCGAGGCUGGGGAGGCGGUGGGCCUUGGAGUCCUCCCUCUAGCCGUCCGGGGUUGCCUGUGGCUCCUCAGGCCAGCAGAGGGGCUUCCAGCCGAGGGCCAGUCCACAAGCACUUUUUCAUGAUGUCCUCAAAGAAGUCCCAUUACGUGGCACCUGAAGGAGUAAGAAUUGAAGGUGUGAUCUCAGUGGUGCUUCCAGGGGGCCGGGGGUGAGCAGGAGGACGCAGUGAUUGUAGGCAACGAAGUGUUUCUCUUGAUCUAAUUAAAUGCAGUGGUAUGGUUUGCUGCGUUUAUUCCUAUUUUCCAUUAAAUUAACUUUAUUUCUAGAGCAUAUUUUGAUUUACCAUCAAGAGCAAUAAAGCAUUAAAUCUCA